AUGAAACCAAGUGAUAAGAACAAUUAUAGGUCGUGUUUUGAUUUUUCAGAUGACUUAAACAAUCACAGCCCUGACUACAUUUUCACAACAAAUUGGACAGUGGGAAUAGUCUUCGCAGUUAUUGGUACCAUAAUAAACGUUUGGUUUCUCGCAGCCAUGUUAAAAUCUCCAGAAAUUCGCUCUGGGAUGCGCAAGAUCGUUCUCUGUGUUAUGCUGGCGGUUAACAUAUCAGUGUCCGCGAUAACUUUGCCGGUAAUCCUUAUUCAAGAUAUACUGCGUUAUAAUCGCAUCGGGGUUUUAGAUGUCUGCAUUGUUCCCAUUGUCGUCGUCCGAAUAGAAGACUUCAUUGGAAACUGGUACAUGUUUAUCCUUGCAUGUGUUUAUACAGCUCAGGUGGUGAACUUUGUACCUAGAUUAGCCCCAUUGUGGACGAAAAUCUUCACUGUCGUUUCCAUCAUAUCUCCGAUUGUAGUCGGUUUUUUCUUGGAGCGACUAACCUCAAACAGAGUCUAUGCACUUUUAGAAACGAUUGUUCCCCACUCUCUGACAAGCUUACUUUUGGUGGUGACUGCAGUAUUAAAGUACAGACGAUAUCCUUAUGUGCGUCUUUUUGACGAGUUCACAGACGACAGAUGCCAUAUUGAUCCUUUGUACCCUUUCGUCGCUCUCCUCGUCGGUGCAGUGGUGUCUGGUUUGAGCCAGGCUAUUUUCAUGAUAAGUCUGCCGUUUUUGCCGAGAAAUGGGCACUUCGUGUUAUUCGUCUGCAUUCACGUGAGAUUUCUACGCAUAAUUCUUGUACCGGUGAUGCUGCUGCUGUUUCCAGAUAUCAAGAAACAAAUCAAAACCUGGAGACCUUGUGCUCGAUCAGCUCCUUGCCCCGAGAAUUUAGUUGUCAUCUACGAGAAAAACGCUGCAUGA